AUGGGCCAUCGUCACUCACGAGUAGGAGGCAGUUCAACCACCUCAAGAACGGCCACCUACCAAGCAACCCAAUCUAGGCCCCACAAGGGAAACACCUACGUGCAAACCAGCAACCUCGACGUCUGGUCUCCGCCCCCCUACACCCAGCAAGCACCAGCACCAGCACCAGUCACACUUACACCCGGCUCGACGGCCUCCUUCACCAGCAGCACGGGCGACUCACCCUACGCCUUCCUCCGCGAAUUCGACACGAUCUUCGUCGUCGACGACAGCUCAAGCAUGCUCGGAUCGCGGUGGAAGGAAGCCGAGGAGGCCCUUGCCGCCAUCGCACCCAUCUGCACGCGGUACGACCAGGACGGAAUCGACAUCUACUUUCUCAACCACCGCCGCGACGCGACGGCCACUUCGACGGGCGCAUACCAUAAUAUCACCACCGCCGCGGACGUGCAGGAGAUCUUCAACAGUGUGCGGCCGCGCGGGCCAACACCGUACGGGAAACGGCUGCUGCAGAUCCUGAACCCGUACCUGCGGCGUGUGGAGAAGAUGGCUGCCGCGACGGAUGAGGAUGGGAACCUGAGGGAUCCGGCGAAGUUUGUGAAGCCGUUGAAUAUCAUUGCGAUUACGGAUGGGGUGUUUACGGAUGAUGCGGAGAGUGUGAUUGUUGAUGUUGCGAAGCGGUUGGAUGGGCCGCGGUGUCGGGCUGUGCCGUGGCAGGUGGGUAUCCAGUUCUUCCAGAUUGGGGAUGAUGAGGGGGCGAGGAGAUAUCUGGAGGAUCUGGACGAUGAUCUGGGGAAGAUGGCCAAGGAGGAUAAUCUGAGGGAUAUUGUCGAUACGGUGCCGUGGAGGGGGCAUCGCGGGCAGACGCUGAACGCGGAGGGCAUCCUCAAGUGCACGAUGGGUGCUGUGCAUAAGAAAUACGAUAAGCGGAAGGCGUUUUAG